CGUUGUGUUGAUACUGCUGCCGGCGGAAGAAACAAGCUAGUUUGGCAGAUGUAAAUAGAAUAACGCCGAUAUUUUUAUUGUAUUAACAAGAAAGAGCCUCAACAAUCAGUUCUUUAAAUGUCUGACUGAUGUGUCACGGUCAGACAUGAGCGUCACUUUGGAUAUAAGACUGAAAAGAGCAAACAAAGUUUAUCAUGAGGGGGAAGUGGUGGCUGGUGUCAUUGUGCUGAUGUGUAAGGAGCCGCUGCAGCACCACGGCAUCUCUCUGAGCAUGGAGGGACUGGUGAACCUGCAGCUGAGCUCCAAGAGUGUCGGCGUCUUCGAGGCUUUCUACAACUCUGUCAAGCCCAUCCAGCUGAUCAGUUGUAACAUUGAAGUGGCAAAGGCAGGAAAGAUCCCAGGAGGCAAGACCGAGAUCCCUUUUGAGUUCCCUCUGAACACAAAAGGCAACAAAGUGCUGUACGAGACCUACCACGGUGUCUUUGUCAACAUUCAGUACACCCUCCGCUGUGACAUGAAGCGCUCCCUGCUGGCCAAAGACCUGAGCAGGAACUGUGAGUUUAUCGUACACUGUCAGCCGCAGAAAGCUAAAGUUGCCCCCACUCCGGUCAACUUCACCAUCACUCCAGACACCUUACAAAACAUCCGUGAGAGGAGUUCACUGCCAAAGUUUCUAAUCAGAGGCCAUUUAGACGCCACCAACUGUGUGAUCAGCCAGCCGCUGACGGGAGAGGUGGUGGUGGAGAAUUCAGACGUUCCCAUCAAGAGUAUUGAACUGCAGCUUGUGCGAGUAGAAACCUGUGGUUGUGCUGAAGGCUACGCCAGAGAUGCCACAGAGAUCCAGAACAUCCAGAUAGCUGAAGGUGAUGUCUGCCACAGCCUCUCUAUUCCCAUCUACAUGAUCUUCCCCAGGCUGUUCACCUGCCCCACACUGGAGACCACCAAUUUCAAAGUUGAGUUCGAAGUCAACGUUGUCAUCGUGCUUCAUGAUGACCAUCUGAUCACAGAGAACUUCCCCCUGAAGCUUUGCAGAGUCUGAAUCUGGAUCUCACACCAGCACUCGGGUAACAUCCCUGGAGGCCUGCUGCUGCUGACUUUGACCCUUCAUACGACAAACAGCAGGACUGUGCGUUUUGAAACCACAAACCUGUCCUGUGCAGAGGACAUGAAUCUGCCCUAGUUUUGUUCUCUGUGGAGAUCUGAACUGGUUUUCUGCAUAAUGCAACAGCUCCUCUAAAGCCGGAAAAAGAAAUAAUGCUAACCCAGAGUGAGUCUGCUGAUGAAUAAUGUGACUUAAUAGAGCCCAGUCUGAAUUAAGAUUUUCCUUCAUGAAUUAAUAAUAAAUAUCAAUGUAGAGAAAAUCUUUGAUUUUCUGAAAGUUAUAUUUCAAUUUAAUAAACAUCACAUUCUUGCA